UGGGAAUUCCCACACUUCAUGGGAGACGUUGAUGUAAAUCUCCCUGGGUUACACACUCCUCACAUGCAGUUCAAGAUUCCUUUCUUCCAGAAGAUCUUCAAGGAGGAGUAUCGCAUUCACAUAACAGGUAAAUGGUUUAACUAUGGAAUUAUCUUUCUCGUCUUGAUUUUGGAUCUUAAUAUGUGGAAGAACCAAAUAUUCUAUAAGCCUCAUGAAUAUGGGCAGUAUAUUGGCCCAGGGCAGAAGAUAUAUACAGUGAAAGACUCAGAAAGUUUAAAGGAUUUGAACAGAACCAAGCUAUCUUGGGAAUGGAGGUCCAAUCACACUAACCCACAGACUAAUAAAACCUAUGUUGAGGGAGAUAUGUUCUUACACAGUAGGUUCAUAGGGGCAAGCCUUGAUGUCAAGUGUCUGGCUUUUGUUCCAAGUUUGAUAGCUUUUGUGUGGUUUGGAUUCUUUAUUUGGUUCUUUGGACGGUUUUUGAAAAAUGAGCAAGGCAUGGAAAAUCAAGACAAAACUUACACUCGCAUGAAAAGAAAAUCCCCAUCAGAACACAGCAAAGACAUGGGAAUCACUCGAGAAAACACCCAGGUCUCUGUGGAAGACCCACUGAAUGACCCUCCUUUGGUUUGCAUCAGGUCUGACUUCAAUGAGAUCGUCUACAAGUCUUCCCACCUGACUUCAGAAAACUUAAGCUCACACUUGAACGAAUCUACCAGUGCAACAGAAGCUGAUGAAGACCCAACGACUUCUAAAAGUACACCUACGAACUAGAUUCAUUUACCAGAAGGUAGCACCAAAAGCAACCUGGAGUGUCACUGUAAAAAAUUAGUCUUUCCUUUUGUAAAUGUAAGGUUUACAUAGUGUUAGGUAAAGAAUUACAAACAAUGCCACAAAGGUGCUCGACAUGCUUUUUCUAGGACUCAUUGUUUUCUAUUUGUAUUAAAAUACACGUGCCUACUGUAUACUUAACAGUCCUCUAGAGAUUGCUUUUCACAAUUGCACAAGCUACUUAUUGACUUUACACCAUAGUAGAUUAGCCAAUUACCCAUGUAUCUGAUAUUCAACCAUAGUGGUGCCUUGAGACAUUAAACUGUCUUUAACUGUACCAGAAACAAAGUGUGGAUGGUUCUCUAACCUAUUUCACCUGGGAUUUUUUUUAUACAAUUAUUUUGAUUUACUCUUGAUGUCUGAACAGGAAACAGAUAUGGCUAAGGACUGGUUCCAGAAUGGUCUCUUGGUUUACUAUUCAGCAGGAGAGUUGGCGACUUUGACACCAGAACUGCAGAGAAGUGUAAUGAUUACCUUUGAUAUUUUAUUGGCUGUCUGCCAAAUACAAAUACAGAUGGAAAAUUCAGUAUGAGGAGAACUGUAAUCUAACAUGGGUCACUACUCAUGAAAUGUGACUUUCUCCAAACAGUAAUUGCAAUUAAGUGAUAAUACCUAAUUAUGUUUUUCUAAUUAAAGAUAAAUUGCUACUUGAUUAAAAAUUCUGCCCUUUACCUUUGGGAACAAAGGUUAAGAGGCACAGUUGGGUGAACUCUCAAAUUUAUUGGCAUUUACACAAAGUCCCAGACAACCAAGGAACUGAAUUUGUAAUCAUGUGAAGGUUGUACAACCCAUCGUCUACAAUAUUUAUACAUUUAUCUAUAAAUAUGGCUCUGGACAGUGGAAAUGGAAGAAUAUAUACCAAUCCUGAGCAAGGCAACUCCUCUAAAAAUCAUGCAUUAGAAACUUACAUGGUGGAAAAAACUGUACAAGAGUCUGUUUAGUGUCUUUUGUGUGUGUGCAUUUUUUGUUUUCGUUUCUUUUUUUAAAGAACUAAACAUCACACAUUAAUAAACAAGAAUUAUACAUCAG